AUGGAAGCAUAUAGCAAAUUCGAUUUUGAUGGAAAUGAAAACUUUUAGAAAUAUCUCCUAAAUGUAUAUCCGUUGCCUCCCAAAUUAGACAAAAUCAAACGUAAAUGGUAUAAAACAUAUAUUGACCCAGAGUUUGAUAUCAACAUAGAAUCUCAGAAUCCUAAUUAAAACACCUAAUCAUAAACAUCAUAAAAUGAAAUGCCACAAAAAUAAGAAACUCAUUAAUAACAAUAAUAGUAAUCUUAACAACAACAACAAUAAUAAUAAUAAUAAUAAUACUACUAGAACAGAUAAUAAUUGCCAUCAAUUCCUAUUUGGACUAUAAUUGAGGGAAUGCUUAAAGUGAUAUAUUUCCCUGCUUUAUUGUUCUUGCUUUCACCUUAAUUGCACAAAUAUUUGAAUUUUGGGAGUAUUUUUAUUUGCUUGCUUGCUAUAUAUCGAUUGUAAGGAUUACCAAAGAAAAAUUAUUUUAAGGAGUAUAUUAUCAAAAUAAUUUAACUUGAAUUCACCUCAAAUAUUUUCUUUGUUGUUUCAUUAUUUACAAUUGAUAGUUUUGCAUUUUAAUUGCCAAUCGCUUUACACUUCAUGGUCGGAGCUGCAGAAUUUUGGACAUAAAUUAAUCAAGAAUAAGGAAUCUCUCUUAAAGUUGCCAAAUAUAUUACAACCAAUAGAAGUGAAAUAAUCCUUACAAAAUAGAAAAUAGAAAUCUAUCUAUUCCUAUACUCUGUUGUUGGUAUAUUCUUAAAAAAAACAUCAUUUGUUUAAGCCAUAAUUAUCUUCCAAAACGUGUUACUUAAAACUAAAUUUAAUAAAAAUAUGAAAAAUGCAUAAGCUUAUAUUAGAGUAUGGUAUGCUGAUAGGUUAAGUGAAAAUAGAAUAUUACCUGAAGGUUUACGUAAAAUUUUUAGUAUUAUCUGGAAAGGAUACGAAAAGUUAUUAACACUUUUUUGA